AUGGAGGUGGGAUCCUGUACUCAGUCAAAGGAUUUUUCUUCAAUCGCCCGUCGUCUUCUACUCAGCCGACAUCCUCAGAGUUCGAACUCUCAAGGGUCAGUCUCACCGAAUGGUCAUAUUCUUUCCUUUCCGCAGACCGACAGCGACAGUAAGGAAUAUGUGGAACAAAUGACUCCUCCCAUAAAACAGAACAAUAGCCCUCCUCCCUUGUCACAGGAAUGCAGUAACGGUAAACCGCUCCAAGAACAGCCAACAAUCGCCCCUCGUUUUCUUCUCAAUCAGCAACCCCGUUCCAACUCGCAGUCGCCGCCUAACUCCGUGACAGACAUUCGGGAUAUGAGAUCGUCUACUGAUGAAUUGAACGCCAGCGAUCUCAUCUUCCACACACUUCCGCAACAGCAGGCAAAACGAAGACCUCGCAAAUGUGAAUUCUGUGAUCGUAUACGAAGUAUUACUGCUGACAGGCUGAAAGCACCGAUAGAGAUACCUAGAGACGCAAAGUCAUCAUAUAAGGGAGCCUCCAUUGCUCGUCCUACUCUAGGACGGAAGGCUAAGAUUGUUAUCAAGCGUGUGAGACAAUUUUUCGACGAGUUGAAAAGACAAUUAGGAGAAGAGGCCCAUGGAACGCUGUUUUAUUCAGCGACUGUAAUGACGUGUUUGGCAUGUGGUGUUUCAGCUGACACAGUUAAAAGAGUGACAAAAGAUCCUGUUCAUUUGGACGGAUAUAAGGUUAGGAGAAGAGCCGUAAAAGGACAGAAUACUACGUACAUGGCAUCUCUGAAGAAAUACGAUCAAGAGUGGGGUGCAACAGUUCGUCAGUUGGUUCAUAAUGAGCUAGAGCAAACGAAAAACAUUACUGUAAGUGAUCUCCACGGUAAACUUCGUAUUGCUUACGCUGACUUUCCAAUGACGGCAGCGACAUUAUAUGACUUUUUGGGAGCGCUUGGUUUCUCUUAUAGGAAAGAUGGAACCGAAAUCUACAUAGAAUAUGGAAACAAAGAAAAAAGAGUCUCAAAAGACCCCGUAUCUAGUGCCACGUGUACAUCGUCCUUGGAGAGAUUUGAUCUAGAAUGGGGUGAAGCAAUUCGUCAUUUCGUUCAUAAUGAGCUAGAACAGGGAAAUGAUAUAACUGUAAGCGAUUUGCACAUGUUAAUUAUAAUUCUAUUAUUAUUAUUAUUAUUAUUAUUAUUAUUAUUAUUAUUAUUAUUAUUAUUAUUAUUAUUAUUAUUAUUAUUAUUAUUAUUAUUAUUAUUAUUAUUAUUAUUAUUAUUAUUAUUAUUAUUAUUAUUAUUAUUAUUAUUAUUAUUAUUAUUAUUAUUAUUAUUAUUAUUAUUAUUAUUAUUAUUAUUAUUAUUAUUAUUAUUAUUAUUAUUAUUAUUAUUAUUAUUAUUAUUAUUAUUAUUAUUAUUAUUAUUAUUAUUAUUAUUAUUAUUAUUAUUAUUAUUAUUAUUAUUAUUAUUAUUAUUAUUAUUAUUAUUAUUAUUAUUAUUAUUAUUAUUAUUAUUAUUAUUAUUAUUAUUAUUAUUAUUAUUAUUAUUAUUAUUAUUAUUAUUAUUAUUAUUAUUAUUAUUAUUAUUAUUAUUAUUAUUAUUAUUAUUAUUAUUAUUAUUAUUAUUAUUAUUAUUAUUAUUAUUAUUAUUAUUAUUAUUAUUAUUAUUAUUAUUAUUAUUAUUAUUAUUAUUAUUAUUAUUAUUAUUAUUAUUAUUAUUAUUAUUAUUAUUAUUAUUAUUAUUAUUAUUAUUAUUAUUAUUAUUAUUAUUAUUAUUAUUAUUAUUAUUAUUAUUAUUAUUAUUAUUAUUAUUAUUAUUAUUAUUAUUAUUAUUAUUAUUAUUAUUAUUAUUAUUAUUAUUAUUAUUAUUAUUAUUAUUAUUAUUAUUAUUAUUAUUAUUAUUAUUAUUAUUAUUAUUAUUAUUAUUAUUAUUAUUAUUAUUAUUAUUAUUAUUAUUAUUAUUAUUAUUAUUAUUAUUAUUAUUAUUAUUAUUAUUAUUAUUAUUAUUAUUAUUAUUAUUAUUAUUAUUAUUAUUAUUAUUAUUAUUAUUAUUAUUAUUAUUAUUAUUAUUAUUAUUAUUAUUAUUAUUAUUAUUAUUAUUAUUAUUAUUAUUAUUAUUAUUAUUAUUAUUAUUAUUAUUAUUAUUAUUAUUAUUAUUAUUAUUAUUAUUAUUAUUAUUAUUAUUAUUAUUAUUAUUAUUAUUAUUAUUAUUAUUAUUAUUAUUAUUAUUAUUAUUAUUAUUAUUAUUAUUAUUAUUAUUAUUAUUAUUAUUAUUAUUAUUAUUAUUAUUAUUAUUAUUAUUAUUGUAUGAUUGUAUGAUUGUAUGA